AUGUUUUUAAAGUUUUCCCUUCUUUUUCUCGUGGUUUCUAACCUCGUCGACAAAUCUUCCGCAGCGUGUUUCCCUCUGGAAUCUCACAUUGGAGAUAAGUGAGUCUUUUUUUCCUAACCCAGUGACAAGAAGCUCUUCCAAAGAAAGUCUAGAUCUCCUCUAUUUCUUGUCAAUAACUUCAGUAAAAAUCACCUGAAGUACAGUCUGUGUACCCCGACUUGAAAUUUCACGGAACGACAUUCCGCUGUUCCGGUGCGUGCGGUCGCGAAGCGUUUUCGCUUUCAGGAAUCUCGGUUGCGCCCCUAGUCGUUUUUUUCGGUGAAAUUCCAAGUCUUGGUACACAGGCUGUUGAUCUCCUAAAAAGUAUGGAUAUUUUCAGAUGCUACCGAUUUUUCCAAAUUCCCAAGACUUUCAAAGAUGCCACCCAGUAUUGUCAUGACAUGGGCUACACCAUCGUGACGAUUUGCAACGCAAUCGACAAUAAUUACUUGGCCAGUGGGUUUUCAAAUUUUAUGGGUGUUGAAAGCUCAGGAAUCCGGGGUUUCUGGCUAAAGACUCUUCGAAAUUUCUUUUUAGCGCAUGAAAAAGUUUCAAAACGAUCUCAAGGUCAUCAGAUGUUUACAUUGAUAUUUUAAAUCGUGAAAGAUAUUGAGCAGAACCGCGGAAGUUUUUUAAACAAUGUGAAUCUCUAAGUUGUUUUUUAAUAGUCGAUCUGAGCUAAUUUUUAAGUUUCACUGGUCUUUUUUCUGCCUAUUUGCUACACCAAAUCAUUUGGACACAGUUAGUUUCACGAAAAAUGGUUGAAAACAUGUAAUUUUUGAAAAUAAUUUGGGAACUUCCAGUCAGAUUUUUUCAUAUUUUUUUGUCCAGGCGUCGCUGGUCCAGCGUUGAGCAUCACCUAUGGAAAAUACUGGAUUGGAUACACGAAGGUGAAAAUUUAACUUCUGUUAUGAAAAAUUUUUCUUUUGAAUAUCCUAUCAUCAGAUCUUUUUGCCUUUCAAAGUUUACUUAUUGAAUUUUACGCUUAAUCUGCUCCGAUUUAAAGCUCCUCCGUGGUCAAAAUAUUGGUUCGACCUGUAAAAAAGCGAUUUAUUCAAAAAAAAUCCGAAUUUGCAAGUCUUUAGCUCAAAAAACACAAGAGAAAACUGCGUUUUGAGCCAUUCCAAGUGCGACCAUGGUAUUUUCAAUUUUUAAACUGUUCAGUCUGCGAACGGUACUUGGAACUGGGUCGACACACAGUGCAAUUCACCUGGCUAUAAAAAUUGGCAAUCUGGUAGGUGGCUGGAAAAUUUGAAGGAGGGAAAUAAAUCAAAGCGUUGGCAGUAUAACCAAACCCUAAUAUUUUGAAUGUUUAGAAAAAGAAAGAUCAUAUUUUUUUUAUGAGGUUUGAACUGAACUGAUAAGUCAUUGGAAAGGGCGACGCCCACUUUUUGAUGGUUGGAAUACGGUAAUGACGUUUCAUGAAAAAAAUAUGACGCUUGUCUUACGAAUUUUAGAGUGGUACCUAUAGGAGUUAGGGAGAAAAAAAAAACCCUUAUAGAGGUCGAAAAAGUGGUCCCUAUAGUAGGGGUUUAGGGUCAGGUCACUAAGACGUAAGUAGACCCUUACUUUUGCCAAGGAAUUCAAAUUCAACAUUUAGCUGCAUAAAUAUUUUUCCUUGAAUAUAUAUAAUUUUCAAAGCUCCAUCCUUCUAGGCUACCCAUUCUCAACGGAGAACUGUGCGACGGAGGUGACGCCGUCCGGCUUCUGGAGAAGCGAACAAUGCGACAGUCUUCAGUUCUUCGCCUGCCAGUCGCCGCCCGGCGGAAUCUACUCGACUAAUGCCCCUGAAACAACUACACGUCUGAAAAUUCUUAUUGAAAUUAUCAAAAAGAAUAUUUUCAGCUGCUCCUAACUGUAAAGGAGGCACCUACAGCCAGGGAACGGGUUUUUGCUACGACGUGAGGCUUAUUUCUCAAUUACAACUCAGUUUCAUAAUUUUUCAAGUUGAAAAAAUGCUUUUUCUACAAUUUGUUACUUGAAAGCUACAAUGAUUGGAAUUCUCUCAAUCAAGCAGAAAAUAACGAGUUUUAUGAAAAAUGCUUUUUUAAAAUUUCCUCCUCGUAAUUGUUUCUUUCAAAUUUUCGUAAAAACAAUAACUUUUUUCAACUUCAAAAUGUUCCAAUUCAUUUUAUAGGCCUGGACCCGGUCAAGCGGAAUCAGUUUUAACGAUGCCAACAAUGAGAUUUGCAACAAAAUCGACAACGGAAAUUUGACUUCUAUUCACUCGGCUAUCGAAAACGAUGCUGUCAUCUGUGAGAGAGAGAAAAUCAAAAAUGAAUUUCCUCUCAUCAAUUUCUAGCCCAAUAUCCCUCAUCUGCCAACGUGACAUGGGAUCAAAUGAUUUGGAUCGGACUUCGUGACACAAACUCGAAUUUUAACACCGCUUCUUGGCUUGAUGGAAGUAGUUUGGGGUACCGGAACUUUGUUGGCAUGUACGGGGUUCCGUGUGGGAAUGAUUGCUGUGCGCUGGUACAUGCAAAAAAAAAAAUUAAGCCAAAAAAACGCCAAUUUUUAGAUUUCGCCUGGAAACUUUCAAAACGGAUCACUGCGCCGAGGUGAAUGGACUUAUGCACCCUGCAAAAGUGUGGUCACUCAAGCCAGCUGCAAGUAUCGGCCAUACUACGGAUAA